UUCGGGUAAACAAAUAUAACCUCAUAUCACUUGUGCGAUCUGGUACGAGCUCAUCAGAGAUUAGCUGCUGUAUUUUGUAGUAUUUAAACUGUUCUGAAAAACGUGUUCGUUGACGAUAGAAGUUAAUUGACAUCUCUUGAUCGAGGACAGGAGUGAAAGAUGGACGAAGAUUGGGACGUGGAGCAACACAAAGUGGAGUACGAGUCCGACGAGCACUGGGAGUUGCGUCGUAAAUUUCUGUUGGCUCACAAAGACAAGUUCCCGGAGGAUAUGCUCGUAUGUUUAGCCCAAGUGUUCGUCAAUGUCGAAUUGUUAGGAUGCAGAUACCCACAGGAAACGAUGGACAUGGUGAAGGAAUUGUCGCAGGAAGUCGCGGCCGAAUAUAGAGAAAAGCAAAAGAAAAAGUUAAAAAGAACGUUUGUGGAAGCGUCAGAGGCAGCUAGUUCUAAGGUGAAAGGAUGCACUGCUAAGAUGUCUACUGUCACAGAAGAAUCUAUUCCGAACAUGCCUAAUCAUUUACCACACACAGCCAAUCUUAGUGAAUCACAACCAACCAUUGCCCAACAAUCUCGUAAAAAACGCAUUUCCAAGAAAAAAAGACUUGAUGCUAAUAAGUUGUUCCCUGCUGAUACAAAAGAACCCAUAUCCAAUAUUGUUAGUUAUAACCAUCAGUUGUGUGAGAAUCCUAAUACCGAGGAAAACCCUGCUAAUAGAUUAAAAACAGAGGAAAAUGUAUCAUUUAAAAAUCUCCAAGAUCAUCCGUACAAAGACUUUGUUUUAUGGGAAAGGCCAGGUGACAAUGCACAGAGUAUACUGGAGACUUCAGCCGCUGUAUCUGGCAUGACCUUAACAUGCAAUUACACUGUUAUACCAGAAGAAGGCUGGGAAUGCUCUCUUAAUCUCGUAAAUUCGCAGGUAUUGAGUUUCAGUAUUAACUCUAAUAAAAAAGUAGCCAGAAAAGAAGCAGCUAUAAAAGCCUUAAAAAAAUUACAAAAGUGCUGCUAUACAGUUAAGGUUAAACAAGAAUUAGGUACAAACUCGGAUGUAACUGUAACGACGGAGGAAAUAAAGUCCCAGGAUUCUCUCUCCGACGACACCGAUUGGAAAGGAUCUAAUUGCAUUGGAAAUAAGUUGAUGAAAAUGAUGGGCUGGGCCGGCGGUGGUCUUGGAAAAUCAGAGCAGGGUAUUGUGGAACCCAUGUCUGCAAUAGUCAAGACACAAAUAAAUCGAGAAGGUCUCGGUCUGAAAACAAAUUCUAAAAACUCGCCAAAGGCGCAAAUCAAUGAAAUAAAGGCCAAAUGUAAAAAAUUGUUUAAAGAUCUUUUACAGACCGAUAAUUAUCUGCGAAACGAAAUUAUGUUCUUGGAUUUUCCUAAGGAAGAUAGAAUGAUAAUUCAUCAACUUGCACGAUCAAUGGGCCUUAAGUCACGUAGUUACGGUAAGGAUCAACGAAAACUGAUAGUCUCACGUAAAGUUAACAUAUGGAACCUGGUCAGAGAACUGAACAGUCUCGGUGGAGUCACUGACAAGUACGAACUGGUGAAACCGAUCGACAAAAAAUUCAUCUCAUUGCCUUCUAUUGAUAUUUAAAUGUGAAAAAAAGAUAUUGUUUAAAACGAUAUCUUCUGUGACACUGAUGUGUAAUAGCUUACAUUGUUAAAUAAAUGGAGAUAUAAGUUUUUUUCAGAAGUCUUUCCGUAAUAUUUUAUUGUUUAAACGAUCCAAAAAAACAAGCUGUUUGAAGUGAUAUCGCGACGUUCCGAUACUCCUUCUAGCACGCAAUCCGAAGUAGCGGGAUUCGGUUCCUGUUCCUGGAACGGACAUGGUGUUUCUGUCGAAUGAAAAGCCGCAGCUAUUUUAUAUAGAUAUUCGGAAUAUACCGCAUCACGCGUCGCCAGUAAAUCAGCACAAACGAAUGCAAGAGGUGAGACACAGUAAAAAGCAAUUCUUCUGAAAUUGCGAUUAUACAGGCGGAGCCCUUCGUGAAUGAACGUAUGUCGUUCAUCAGGUAAAUGUGAUGUACAUUCAUACGCUCGCACGCACGGUCGACGUGUGAAAUCGCGUGGCACGGUGCGUAAUUGGAGGCACUAGCAAUUAAAACUAAAGAGAAACGUUCGCUUUAUUUAACGAUUGUAACUUUUGUCGCGCGACAAAAUCAUUCCCAAGAGAGCGCCUGGCGUACAUUCGAAUCGAAAAUAGAGAACAAGUACAAAAACCUUUAAGAAGCGGAUUACUUACAGCGUACACAGUACAUGUCUCAGGUAUGCCGUGUAACAUGACGUAUAAUAUAAGAAACGCUUUCUGGCAGUAGAACAAUCAGAAGUCGAAGGGUAAACAUAUACAGAUAAUACGACGGUGCGUGACAUUUUAGUACAUUAUCACAUCGUUGAAAUCUCUGGUAAUUAAAGUGGUCAACGCGUUCUCUUUUUUUUUUCCUUUUUACACAUAUAGGUCGUGUAUAUGCAUAUAUAUGCGUGCGCCGCGUAUACGUGCCAUCAGUUUGAAAUGACAAGGUUGAAGAUUACAUGCGUCUCCUAUAUAAUCACUUCGAUUUAUUGAUUAACUUAACGUCUACUUAGCGACGUACGCAUGUUACAACAAUAGUGUAACGCAACAAUGUAAAUGGGCAACGAGAGCAACGAAACAACGCGUGUAGCGUGUAUAGAAAAAAGAAAAUGUAAAAAAGCACCGCGUACAUCUUCGUUAGUCAAUUAAUUGAGCGUGUUAUCGCGCGCAUAAUAGCCUGGUGAAAUAUUUUCACAAGAGCAGCGUCCAUCGCGUAGAUGAAUUUACGGGAAAGAAUCGCUACGUACAAGCUGCGUUAACGCAAUUUUGUUGUAUUUUUUUUUUCCGAAAUCUGAUAAAUUUCGCGGGUUACAAAGGGUUUGUUCAACCGGAAAUUUAAUGUAACGCGGAACGUUUUAGCGGGCUGCGAUUAAAUUUCGUGCAAAUACGUUGUUUAAUAUAGACUAUUUGUUACUGUAAUCCCAUUUCGCCACGUUACGCAAUUACGAAUUAAUUUUCAUACGCGCAAAUGUGACGCGUUGUUACCACCCUUUUUGCGACACGUCGCUUUCAGUCCAACCAUUUACAUUCAACGCCGAAUCCCUUCUUACCGUUGAGAUUGUAAAUGCCAAAGGGCACGGUAAGAUAACCGAAACGCUUUGUGGACGGAUCGACAGUUUCCCCGAAAUCAGUUUUAUCCUUUUGUUGAAAUUUUAAUCCUUUAAUUUUGUUUAAACCAUGUUCACUUCGCGUAUACACUGACCGUGUUCAAAAUGAAAUUACGCGCUAUGAAAAACUUACGAAAAACACACGUACGUUCUGCCACAGUCUAUUUUAUAAAUGCACGAAAGAGAGGAAGAGCAAAAAAAAAAAAAAAAA